AUGGGGAGGCAGUGCUGGAAUUUCCUCCACUUCGGAGAGCCCAACUUUCACGUGUACUCGCGUGUUUACCGGGCAGAUUCCACGUGCGGGAGGCCGCUGGCCCCGCCCCCCUCACGGGUGACCCGGACCCCGCCCACCGCAGCUCAUAAAGCUCCGGACCGCGCACAUGGCCCCGAGAUUUCUUCAAGAUUCGCUCAAGGAGAGAAGUUGUCGCUGAAAUCUCAGUUUGACUAUCUAAGGUUUGACCCAUAUAGCGUUCCUGACCCCUCCGGGGCCCCUCAGCGGGGUUAUUUUUACACCCGUGUGUAUUCCUGUUUUUCUGUGGGCGAGUCCGUCCCCAGCCAGACGGUGACAGCCCAGUCUGACCGGCCGACACGAGCUCCGGGCUCACGUGAAGCUCCGCGGUCCGGUGGGCUGGGUCCCAGACGGCCGUGCAGAGUGAUGGCUUCUUACAAGCGGAUCCUGAGCGGCCUCAGGACCAACAGGCCUGCCCGAAGGAGCCUGUUUGGCCGGGUGGACAGAGAGCAGCUGCAGGCGGAGUACCGGGCGGCCCUGCGGAAAGACCUGGAGGAGGCCUCGCACCGCUGGGGCUUCGACUUCAUCUCAGACACGCCUCUGGAGAGCAGCCAUUUCCAAUGGGAGCGCAUCCCAGGCGCCGGGGUGCCUCAGCUCUACAGGUCCUGCACGCAUGGAGCCGGACAGCCCGAGGGUAAGACGGCAGGGGACGCCACAGUCGCUCCCAAAGGACGGAGGGUGGGGUCCCCACAGAAGGAGAAGGAGAACAUCCCUCGUACACCAAAGAGAUGCGCGCUCAACCUGGAGAGCUUGGAGAAAACGCCAGAGAAGGGAGAAAACUGCGGCCUUAAGAGGAAACAGACAAACAUCACAGAUUUCUAUCAGGCUAAGAGGAGAGUAGUCUUGAUGCCGCGGAAAUCCGGCCAGUGACGUUCGCUCCAAGCGUGUCGAUUUUUUUUUUUUUUUUUCUCCCAGAGAACCACACAAAGACUGCCUCGAUCAGGAUUCCCAUGUUGCACAGAGACUCUCAGCAGGAUGUGGUGUUCCGUGCAUCACCACAAUAAGGCUAAUCAGGGUGUGCUGUAUGUUCGGGGCCUGGAGCUUUCCCAAGCUGUAAGAAGGGGACAUUUAAGCAGAGAAGAUUACAAAUAAUCCCUGGUAGCAUUGGAUUUCUACUCAUUUGGAUCAAGGGGGUGAUAAAGUGAGGCUGGACAUUUUCUACUGGACAUUCCACUGCACUUAAAACCCAGCUCUGUGGUAACUCUACCUCUUCCAGAACACAGACAAGAUGAAUGAAAAUAGCCAUAUCUGGUGUUUUUUUGUUUUAAUGAUUACAGUCAUAUAGUGGCUGCUCGCUGUCACAUAACUAACAAAGGGCUUAUCCUCCUUUGUUCAAAUCCAUUUCUGUUUUUCUACAGUGUUUUGACUCUGUGUGUAUCAAGGGCUAGGAGUAUUAUGCUUUAUUUACCCUGGUGUACUCACAGGAGAGCGCUCUGUGAGUUCUGACAUCUUAAAUUUGCAUUUGCUUUGCUUACAAUAUGAGCGACAGAAGUGCCAACACAUCCUUUUCCAUCCUUUUACUCUACUUACUCCACAGCUUCCCUGCCCAGAGGACAUACCAACGGCACCAGAUCAUGAAAGUUAUGUGUGUUGCAUCACUUCCACUCACCAUUUAUACGUAGAAAAAUUAAAAGAUAUGUAUAUACACAGUAGUAGAUAGAUCUGAAAUGUAUUAUUUGCAGAGUUUAACAUAGCAUUAUUAUGUAGUUUAUUCAUAAGAACAUUGCAACGUUGCACAUCCAUGUGAUUCUGGUGUUUACUGGGAACAGCAGAGUGCCAUUGAGGCCUACGAGGUUUUUAGCUUUUUAUGCUCUGUGUGGGACAAUCAGAAGAGUGUUCUCAGAAGCAAGAGUAUUUUGUACUCUACUGUUCUCACACACUACAUUGUUUUCUACGCGGGAGCACAUUGCAAUGUAUUAGGCAAAAUGUACGUUGGUUCAGGACAUUUGUGUCCGUUUCUAGGAAAUCCUGGCAAAUCCUGUCAGACAAGGUCACUGUAAUGCUAAUCCUUUACAUAUUGACAGCUUCUAAAUGCUUGCUGCAGCUAAAGAAAAGCUAAAAAGCUACACCAUGUAAUAAAUGCACUUCUGUUAAUAGAUGCUUGGGCACAAAUCCUGUUAAAAAAAUUAUAAAUUAAUGUAUCCUUAUUUAUUAUGAGAUGCCAUUCCUCGUGUUAAUUUAGAAUGUGUUUAAUUAUGAAAUAUCAAUUUCAAUAAAAUUCCAA